CUUGAUUACCAACACAAAGCAGCAGUAGCCAAAAUGGCAGCUCUCCAGUCACCAACCUUCCAUGUCUCUAUCACUGAGCCCUUCCUUAGAGAGUCUCCAAAGUUAUCCAAUGGAACAAAGAGAGCAAAUAUGAAGAAGCAGCCAUUGAUGCCAAUAGCUGCAUCAGUUGUUCCUAUGACAUCCUCUGCUCCAAAGAGGGAAAAGGAUCCAAAGAAACGUGUAGUCAUCACAGGGAUGGGCAUUGUCUCUGUCUUUGGCAACAAUGUUGAUUCCUACUAUGACUGUCUUCUUCAAGGCAAGAGUGGAAUCAGUGCCAUCGACAGUUUUGAUGUCUCCUUGUUCCCUACCCGAUUCGCGGGCCAAAUCCAUGGAUUCACCACUGAUUGUUAUAUCAAGAACAUGAGAGACCAUGAUCAGAUUGAUGAUUAUGUCAAAUACGUUCUUGUUGCUGGUGCAAAGGCUCUCAAUGAUGCAGGCCUUGGCUCUAAUAAACUCUCUAAGAUGGACAAGGAGAGAGCUGGUGUGGUUGUUGGAUCAGGCAUUGGUGGGAAUUCAGCUUAUGUCAAUGCAGCUCAUCAAAUUAUAAUAGAGAAAGAUUGCAGGAAAAUACUUCCAUUUGAAAUUCCUUUUGCAAUGACAAACACAGCAUCUGCAAUGCUUGCAAUUGAAUUUGGUUUCAUGGGUCCAAACUAUUCAAUUUCAACUGCUUGUGCUACUUCCAAUCACUGCUUCUAUGCUGCUGCCAACCACAUUCGAGGAGGAAAAGCUGAUUUGAUUAUUGCUGGUGGAACUGAAUCUGCAAUUACUCCUCUUAGCUUAGGUGGGUUUAUAGCUUGUAGAGCUUUAUCACAGAGAAAUGAUGAUCCUCAAACUGCUUCAAGGCCAUGGGACAAAGAUAGAGAUGGGUUUGUUAUGGGUGAAGGUGCUGGAGUUUUGGUAAUGGAGAGCUUGGAGCAUGCAAUGAAGCGUGAUGCACCAAUUAUUGCUGAAUACUUAGGAGGUGCAGUUAACUCUGAUGCUUACCAUUUAACUGAUCCAAGAGCUGAUGGACUUGGUGUUUCAUCAUGUAUCAAAAGAAGCCUUCAAUAUGCUGGUGUCUCACCAGAGGAGGUAAAUUAUAUAAAUGCACAUGCAACUUCCACAACUGUAGGUGACCUAGCAGAGAUGAAUGCCAUAAAAAUGGUAUUCAAGAAUUCUUCAGAGAUGAAGAUAAAUGCAACAAAGUCUAUGAUAGGACACUGUCUUGGUGCUUCUGGGGGUCUAGAAGCCAUUGCUGUGUUAAAAGCCAUAACUACUGGGUGGAUUCAUCCAACAAUAAAUCAAUUUAAUGUUGAGCCAUUUGUGGAAUUUGAUACAGUUGCAAACAAGAAGCAGCAACAUGAAGUUAAUGUUGCAAUUUCCAAUUCUUUCGGCUUUGGAGGACACAACUCGGUUAUAACAUUUUCAGCAUUCAAGCCUUGAUCAUCUAAUUCAUUUCAAUUUGUUAAAUUAAAAUGUAU